AUGUACCGUGCUGUGCGCUUAAGUCGUAUGCUUCCCAACCUCAGAUCUCCAAUUCGGAAUCGUUUGAGCCAAAUGGCGUCCCAUUUCUCUAGUGGCGCCGGGGUUUCCCUGGUUGAGCUACCAAAGUCAAACAAUUUUACAUCGAAAAUGCCACCUGAUCCUGCUUUUGAGACUCCAGAAAUCUCACACAAGGCCCCGAGAGAGGCCCUCGGCCCCCGCAUGGUCAAGGGAGCACUAUUUACUUAUGUCCGCCCCGAGCCGACAGAUGCACCAGAAUUGCUAGGUGUCAGUCCCAAGGCAAUGAAAGACUUGGGGUUAAAGCCUGGCGAAGAUCAAACGGAACAAUUCAAAGCGCUGGUCGCAGGAAAUGAAGUCUGGUGGGAUGAGGAGAAGGGUGGAAUUUACCCUUGGGCCCAGUGUUAUGGGGAGAUUUAUUGUGGUCUACUCAAACUGACAUCAACCAGUGGUUCAUGGGCUGGACAGCUUGGAGACGGGCGUGCAAUCAGCCUCUUUGAGUGCACCAAUCCACACACCAAUACUCGAUAUGAGCUUCAAUUGAAAGGCGCGGGCAGAACACCCUACUCGCGUUUUGCGGAUGGCAAAGCUGUCCUCCGAUCGAGUAUCCGUGAAUACGUUGUCUCGGAAGCUUUAUCGGCUCUUGGUAUACCGACUACUCGUGCACUAUCACUCACCUCCUUACCAAAUGCUAAGGUGUUGCGGGAGCGUCUGGAGCCCGGAGCAAUUGUUGCACGGUUUGCUGAGAGUUGGUUGAGAAUUGGCACUUUUGAUCUUCUUCGUGUUCGCGGAGAUCGUGAGCUCAUCAAAAAGCUCGCAACAUACGUCGGCGAAGACGUGUUUGGUGGGUGGGAAUCCCUCCCUGCCAUUAUAUCAGUACGUGAACAGCAAUCUCCGGCGGAAAUGGACAAUCCCCCAAGAGGAAUUCCCCGAGAUGAGGUCCAAGACCACCAGGACGUACAAGAGAAUCGGUUUGCGAGACUGUACCGAGAAAUUGCUCGACGCAACGCAAAGACAGUAGCAGCAUGGCAGGCCUACGGUUUCAUGAACGGCGUGCUCAACACGGACAACACAUCCAUAUAUGGCUUAUCACUUGACUAUGGCCCAUUCGCGUUCAUGGAUAACUUCGAUCCCCAAUAUACCCCGAACCAUGAUGACCACAUGCUGCGCUAUGCCUAUCGAAACCAGCCUAGUAUUAUCUGGUGGAACUUGGUUCGACUUGGGGAGUCACUGGGAGAACUCAUUGGAGCUGGAAAUCGAGUCGACGAAGAAAGCUUUGUGAAAGAUGGUGUGACAGAAGAUCUUGAGCCAGAAAUCAUCAAACGCGCAGAAAAUAUCAUUGAUCGCACGGGUGAGGAGUUCAGGGCAGUGUUCCUGAACGAAUACAAGCGAUUGAUGUGCCAGAGGCUAGGACUGAAGACACAAGCCGAGUCGGACUUCCAGAACCUCUUUUCAGAGAUGCUGGACACACUUGAGGCCCUCGAGCUAGAUUUUAACCACUUUUUCCGCCGGCUCUCUGGGUUGCCGUUGUCCAAGCUGAAAACCGAAGAAAGCCGAAAGGAAACAGCCUCAAUUUUCUUCCACAAUGAAGGAUUCGGUGGUAUUGGAUACACCGAUGACACAGCCAGAGCUCGCAUUGCAAAAUGGCUUGAUGACUGGCAAGCCCGUGUCCUUGAAGACUGGGGCGCUGAACAUGACGAAGACAGGCAAAAGGCGAUGAAAUCCGUCAAUCCAAACUUUGUGCCCCGAGGGUGGAUUCUUGAUGAGGUCAUCGAUCGCGUUGACCGCAAAGGAGACCACGAGAUUCUGGACAGGGUCAUGCAAAUGUCCUUGAAUCCCUUCAAUGAGGAAUGGGGUCUCAACAAGGAAGAGGAACAGCGCUUCUGUGGGGACGUUCCUAAGUACAAGAGGGCUAUGCUAUGUAGUUGCAGCUCGUAG